UAGAAAAAUAGUACAUUGGACAGACACACGUACGUUUAGCGAUGCGACAUAUAUACCACCCAUAAAUUCGUGGGUAUAGUUUCAUCAUCUAAAGUCCAAACUUUAUUUUUAUAACCUUACCCCGUCUAAUUAACAAAUAAUAUAUUUUACCGUACUAUUAUUUUUUUUUCCAUGUAAAGUAAAAGAUGUUGUUCCUUGCACUUGUCCUACGUAUACAACCCCAAAUUUGGGGUCAUUGCAUCUAUAAGACAAUAUGCAAUAUGCAUGCAUUACCUUGCACUUCUCCCCUUCACUUAAUAUUGGAAUACUGACACCUCUGUUCAAUAGCUAGUGAAAUUCCCCGUCCCCAACAUCAAAGAAUCUAUUUUUAUUUCUUCAAAGGUACAAAUUAAGAAGGAAGAAGCACGCGUGAGGGUGAAUGGCGCAAAGAGUACUAGUAGGAGAGAUGUUGGUGUUGGUGUUAUUGUUGUUGGCACCAAAGACAAAGGCAAAGGCAAUGAGCAUAACAAGAGGUCAAAACAAUAAAAGCAGCAGGGGCAAAGAGUCCUCUGGUUCUAGUGAUGAGGGGGGUGCAAUUAGCUUUUGUUUGAGUUGGAGAUUGGCAGUGGAGGCAAACAAUGUGGUUGCAUGGCCAACAGUUCCACCUCAGUGUUCCCGAUAUGUUGAGACUUACAUGAUCAAUGGCCAGUAUGACCGGGACUUGGAUUUGAUUGUGGAGGAAAUCUUGGCUUAUGUCAACCAAACUUUUCUCCUUGGGGAUGCCAUGGAUGCUUGGAUUUUGGAUGUUGAUGACACUUGCAUCUCCAACAUCUAUUAUUACAAAGGCAAGAAAUAUGGGUGUGAUCCGUAUGACCCAUUUGCCUUUAGGACGUGGGCCAUGAAAGGAGGGUGCCCUGCAAUUCCUUCCGUACUAAGGUUGUUUAACAUAUUAGUAAAUAAAGGAUUCAAAGUAUUUUUACUCACCGGAAGAGAUGAAGAGACCCUUGGUCAAGUUACCCGGAACAACUUGCACAAUCAAGGAUUCAUUGGCUAUGAACGUCUUAUUUUGAGGAGUUCAGCAUAUAAAGGGAAAAGUGCAAUGAAAUACAAAUCCGAUGUACGAAAGCAGUUACAAGACCAAGGUUACAGGAUAUGGGGGAAUGUGGGAGACCAGUGGAGUGAUAUUCAGGGAGACUAUUUAGGGAACCGUACUUUCAAGCUACCUAAUCCCAUGUACUUUGUUCCCUAAUCUAAUUAUGGUUUACAUGUAUUAUGAACUUGUGGCAAAUUAAAAUAGCCAACAUUCAAAUGUAUUAAUUUGGCAUCAAUAAUUUACUUUUGGGUGCUGCUACCAAGUUUAUACAAUAUGAUGAGAGGGAUAUUAGUAAGGUAAAAA